AUGGGACUCCUCGAGAAGCUCAAGAAGCUGACUGUCCGCAAGUCACAUAGAACGUCUGUCUCUCCCAGCCGAAUACUGAGACCAAAACUGGUCCAUAGCGGUCAUAGUUCAGAGAGCAGCAAGAAGAGACUUCGCCCCGCAAAGGAAACUGUGGCUGGGGUUCACAUGAUAAGCAAGCCCAAAUCAAAGUCGACACCACUGAAAACCCUUCAAAGUCUUCCUACAGAGCCUUUAAUCAAAGUUGCCACUCUCCUCGCUCCAAUCGACCGUGCAAGCCUCGCCUUCACAUCCAGCUGGCUUCAUAGCAUUUUCGGUAACGCUCUAAAACUCAACCAACUGGAUCGUUGGACUUUUCUUCGCAGACUCGAAGAUAAUAACAUGUGGCCUUCUGAAGUCCUUUGCGAGAUCUGUCAAAAGUUCCACGAGCCUCGGAAGAGCCGAAGAUUCACCCCAAAGGAAGGCCAGCGAGCAUGUAUCGGUAAUGGCUCUUUAGCCCUUCAGAGAAUGGUCAUGUCGCCUUACCUUUCGAGAGAGAUUCAUUUCGAUGUCAUGGCAGCUAUAUCGAGAUCUCACCAUUUCACGCCGGACUUGCCACUUCCUGGAGAACCAAGUGUCCAGUUUGUGGCUCCGUAUGCCAAUGAUGAGAACGAACUUGUUAUACGGCUACAGCAGAGUGUACAUUUCUCCGCCGAGGGGCACGUCCUGAUAAAGUCACAGAGAGUACUAUUUCCUGGACGAAAUGCGGGCCGCGACACGCAUAAAGUUCUUGAGGGAACUGGAAUUUUACAUCGGUUUCUUUCUGAGACCUACGAACUUGGCACGAUCUGUGGGCAUGCUAAGUGGGCUGAUCUUUAUCCUUUCAUCUCCAGCCCAGACAAGGAUUUUGAAUGGCCUCGUGGGCAAUGGUCAUUCCGCCAUUCAUCGUUACAAGACUUUGAUCUCCCUGGGGAAGAACUGCAGGAGUGUCUGUGGACUCACAAGGGAGAUUGCUGGGUGAACUGUCAAACAAGGGCAAGGCUAGACAGCGCCCUGGAAGGUCGGGUGUGGUCUUGCGGCGGCUGUUCAACGGACUACGCAGUGAACAUCAUUCGUUCAGAAAACUCGUGCGCGAACUUUAUCGUCAUGACAUCGUGGAAAGACCUUGGGACUUGUCUAAGAAGGGAUGAUCCACUCUGGAAGGAACAUAUGAAUUUUGGUGUUCAUGCGGGUCAUAGACGCGAAGAAGUUGGUAAUAUCGCAGGUGAGAUUGAAAAUUUGAGGAGGGGUCCGGGGAGGCACACCUACUACUUCCCUCGCAUUUCAAGGCAAAGGCUUCGGGAGAUGUUUAUUGAUGGGGAGGGAUGUGAGGAGAAGGCGAUCACAAGGGACGUAGAGGUAGAUUUGUGA